CUGCCUUUGUUCCCCGUGUGUCAUAUACAUCUAGGGCCCCUCUCAGAUUUCCUCCCCGUCCCGACGUUCCGACGGUCUGGCAAUCAUCACAGGACUACACCACCGCAGUCGGAAGCGAUGUCAGAGGAAGGCGUCUUCCCCGCCGUGACCUCGCAAGGGCGUCGAGAUAUCAACUCUGGGCUGCUCAAUGGGCCUAACGCGACAGGAGGGUCCGCCAAAAGACGGCGCAUUGCCGUAGCCUGCUCAUUGUGUCGCAGUCGCAAGUCGAGAUGCAAUGGCGGCCGUCCAUCUUGUAGCUUAUGCCUGGAACUCGAGGUUGAUUGUAUCUACGAAGUUGCUGGAAGAGAAGUUCCACGAUCAGGAGUUAGUGAGCGGCUGAGUAAGAUCGAGGAUACUCUUCGAUUCCUCGUCGAAAAGGUAGGGUCGAGCCCGGACGAGUUGACAUCGUCAACAGCUUUGAAUGAGUGUUCCCCAGGGUACCAACCCCAAUGCAGAGACACACCGGAGGUCAUAGCAGUUCCUCGAACCACUGGUUUGGGGACGGAAUCGAAUGAAGAACUAUCGGUCGAUGGAAUGGCGGCGGUGACCGCUCCAAUGGGAUCAGAAAAACGGUUCUUCGGGCCAUCAUCGAACAUCGCCUUCCUCCAAAUUGUAUCACGCGCUGCAUCCAGUGCUCUCCAGAACUGUCUCGAUCCCAACCAGCCAGCGAAUGCGUCACAUUCGCUGGUGUCACGUAUAACAUCGCCCGAAGCUUCUGCAAUACCAUCAACGCCUUUAUGCACCUCGAGGGUCAAUCCUUCGAUGCUGCCUAACGAGGCCCGAAGCAUCUAUCUCAUGAAGCUUUAUUUCCAAGAUACGGGCGUCAUGUACCCUUAUAUCAGCCCAUCAGCCGUAUUGGGGGCGUAUGAGACUUUCUCCAAGUCUCACUUUUCCGCAGUUCCUCAAUCCUGGCUGAGUCUUUUCAAUGCGAUAUUCGCUUGCGCCACCUAUCUCAGCGUCGCACCAAAGAGGUCAACAACGAAGAGCCUUCUGCAGGCGGACGUCUUUUUUGAUCGCGCGGUGACUUUAGUCGUCAGCUGCACACUUAAAACCCCGGAUAUACCUGCUGUGCAAACACUGCUCCUACUGGCACAGUACUGCCAAGGGACACAGCGAGCCAACGAAGUCUGGAUGUUUCAUGGCCUUGCUGUACGAGCUGCCCUCCAGCUCGGAUUACAUUGCCCUCCAGAAGGUGGCUUCCCAUCCGAAGGAUCGCUUGAUAUCCGUAGACGAAUCUGGUUGGGAUGUAUUAUUCUGGACAGAACACUGGGUAUGACUUUUGGUCGCCCACUAAGCAUUUCUGAGAAUCUUGGAGGCCUUGGCCUUGAGUUCGAACGUACAAUAACAGAAACCUCAGCUUCGGAAAAUGAGAUGCUGCAAAUCAACCACGAAGGAGAGCCUGAUACCAAUUGUUUCACAAUUACAACAGCUCGCCUUUAUCAAAUUCUGACCGAGAUACUGAGAGAAAUCUACCAGGAUAACAUCUAUAACGUUAUUGACAUCCCAUCUGAGGUGGUGCUUCGGAACUUGGUCACCGUUGAGGCAAAACUGGCUCAUUGGAAAUCUACUCUCCCCAGUCAACUUGCCCUGGAACCGUGGCUAGAUUCGUCUACACGCCGACAAGAGCAGUCAAGAUACCAGCAGGUUUUCUCACGGCUUAGCGUGGUGAUUCGGCUGCGUUAUCUGAACGCAAGGAUACUACUGCAUCGGACCAUUCUUGAUAGGAUGCUUAAAGCCAUGGCGUCAUAUGAGCGAGGCUCUGAUCCUGUCCAUGCGCCGUUCCUGGACAAUGUUACCUCCGACAGCCUCGAGAUUUGCCAGGACUGCGCCAUGGAGAUUAUCGCAAUAGUCGACGCCACAAGUCGGACCAAAGCUCUACUCGGAGCCUGGUGGUUCUCUAUCUACUACACGUUCAACGCAUCAUUGAUUCUAUUCGGCUCUCUGCUUCUUGGCUUGAGCAGGCUCGAGGAUAGAGGGCAUUCGCACUUUCGGGCAAGGGCACAGAAUACAGAACGCUUGUCAAUGCUGGCGAGGUAUCUUCGAAAGACCGCACCGACGAUCGAUCAGUUCGAGAAUGAUACCGAAGUGGUCAGACGCAUUCGUCGGAUCGUGAUCAAGUCGGUCAAAGUAUGCAUCACUCUUGCUCAAACAAUGAACCCUGCUGACCAAGUCGUCAUCAACGCACUGCAAUCUCACGAAGGCGGUGAAGUGCAGGUCGGGUUGGGUAUAUCUGAGCAUCAGAUGAUGUCGGGCCGUCAAAAUGCGAUUCAGGAAUUUUCGCUAGAUGCGGCUCCCGAUUUCGCGUUGGACAUUGACGGGGACGUCUUCGGUUUCUUUGCGGACAAUGAUGAAGAUAUAUUUGGGAACUAUGGAGCCGGGAGCGAAUAUCACGGUCUGCUGGGUUGACUCGUUUCAACCCGGUCACACUACUACGACUACUAUUUAACGUGCCUCGCCUCCUUUUUCUCCCUCAGAGCACUCUCUGCAUGAGAGUGGUUACCGUACUCUACACACAUCAAAGAGCCACGUAAUCUUCCCUGUCGUUGUAAUAGGGCUAUAAGUAAGAACAAUCAAGGAAACCAAUCAAGGAAACCGCGCGUG